GCAGUCUCCGCGGGUGCUCCGAGUGGUGGUCUCGUGCGCGUCCCGUCCGUGUCCCGGGUCAAGUUCCGUCGGUGCCGUAUCGUGUUUCCCCGUCGCGGAGUGAGAUUUCUUCGACAGUUUCCGUGGGUAGUACAGGCCGGUUCAAAAAUGUUUUCUUGCAUUUAAAUGAGCAACAGCCAUGGAAGGGUUCCUGCACCACAUGGCGCCGCAGUUCCUGCACCCAGCCCUGCAGAGCUUCGGCUGCGGCGCCUUCCGACCGAUAGGGGGCGCCUUCCACCCCCUGUACCCUGGGAAAGCCUUUGCCCGCCAUUUGGGGGAGCAGUACGCCCUUGGCCAAAGCGUUGGACAAGCGCUCAGGAGCGUCCGCGACGAGAGCAGCACGCCGCCGCUGUACCGGCACGCGUACGCCGCGCGCGACGACACCAGCUCGCCCGGCUCGGCCGCGUCCGCCUCGCCGCGGCCCUGCAAGGACGACGAGCCCGCCGCGCCGCCCACUUGCACCGACUCGCACGACUUCUUCUCGGCGGACGGCGAGCGCAAGUCGUCGUGCGGCGUGUGCGGCGCGCGGCUGGGCCCGGGCGUGGCGCAGGCGCACUUUCUCCAGGAGCUGCAGCACCUGUACAGCCUGAGCGCGCUGCCCCGCGACGCUGCUGCGCCGCCCGCGCACUCGUUGCACCACCAGGACGAGGACGCGCGGUGGGAGACAUUUCAGCGCAUCCGAGCGAACCGUCAGCGGCGGCUGAAGCUGCGCACGCGCAAGCGGCACCACACCGUCGAGAGCAUGCUGGGCUACGACCUGGAGGAGGAGCGGCGCGAGGAGCGGCCGCGGGAGCCGCGCGCCUACGACGCCGAGGACGAGCCCGUGGACGUGGAGGGCGACUCGCUGGGCUGGCCCGACGCCGCCAUCAGCGUGGACGAUAAGGAGCAGCGAGGUGACAAGUUGCACUUGAGCUACGCUGAAGACUUGGAGAUAUCGAGCACGAACGACACUAUCCACUCACCCGAGCGUGUUAGGAUCGAGACGCCGAAGCCGCUUUCGCUGGAGUGCACGCCCAAAUCGGACGUGUCCGAGCGUCCGGCCGAGGUGUCCACUUCGGACGCGUGGGCGGCGGCGGGCGCCCCGCCGGACGGCUGGCAGCUGGCGCCGGAGUCCUACGUGCGCCACAAGCUGGACGGCGAGAACCUGCCUUCUUCCACGGACUCGCGGAACUAAACGACUUGAUGCUAGAGAGCUGCUAAGGGUACACGAUGACACAACCAUGCCAUGACCGGUCAAAAUCUAGGGUGUAUCCCAUUUUAUCCAUGGAUAUGUUACUUUACCGACUUGCCAUUUUUAUUCAAACCACUAUUCUCCGCUUACAGGCAUACGGGUUGUCUAGAAGAGAUGGCUUCUUAGCGAUGCGAUAAUACCGCCUAAACUGAAAAUGAAUUUUGGUGGUGUGCAAUGUGCAGUAUUGCUGUUAUGUUUAUUUGUUUCUCAAAAAGUGUUCCUGUUUUACACUGUGUUGCGUACAUCACCUUGUGUGAAGCCAUUUUUUGUGAAUUUGACCAGAGGAUAUACAGGGUGGCCAAAACAGUGAG